CUGCUGCAGUUUCUACAGGAAUUCUCACAGCAGACGAUCUCUAGGACCCACGAAAUCAAGAAACAAGUAGACGGACUAAUUCGAGAGACCAAAGCCACCGACUGUCGCCUGCACAAUGUCUUCAAUGACUUCCUCAUGCUGUCUAAUACCCAGUUCAUUGAGAAUCGUGUAUAUGAUGAAGAAGUGGAGGAGCCGGUACUCAAACCUGAGGCAGAAAAGACAGAACAGGAGAAGACCCGGGAACAGAAAGAAGUAGAUCUGAUUCCUAAAGUCCAGGAGGCCGUGAACUACGGUUUACAAGUUUUAGACAGUGCAUUUGAGCAACUUGAUAUCAAAGCUGGAAACUCCGACUCUGAAGAAGAUGAUGCCAAUGAGCGGGUGGAACUGAUCCUUGAACCGAAGGAUCUAUACAUUGACCGUCCUUUACCUUACUUAAUCGGGUCAAAGCUCUUCAUGGAGCAAGAAGACGUAGGGCUUGGAGAGCUGUCCAGUGAAGAAGGUUCUGUAGGCAGUGAUCGUGGCAGUAUCGUGGACAGUGAAGACAAAGAAGAGGAGUCUGAUGAAGAUUUUGCCAAUCCUAGUGACAAUGAUCAGAACCGGCAGACUGUACAAAUGAGUGAUGAAGAAGAGGAUGAUGACCUUUUUGCUGACUCUGAGAAGGAGGAAGAAGAUAUUGAGGAUGUUGAAGAAAAUAGCAGACCUAAAAGAAACAGACCUACGUCAUUUGCUGAUGAGCUGGCAGCUCGGAUCAAGGGGGAUGCUGGGAGCCGAGCCGAAGAGCAGCCGACAGGUGAAGCGAAACCUCAGAAAACAUUGAAAGAGAAGAGGGAAAGGAGAACUCCUUCAGAUGAUGAAGAAGACAACUUAUUUGCACCCCCGAAGCUGACUGAUGAAGACUUCUCGCCAUUUGGCUCUCGAGGUGGCCUGUUCAGUGGAGGGAAGGGACUGUUUGAUGAUGAGGAUGAGGAGAGUGACCUCUUCACGGAAGCCCCCCAGGAGCGGCCAGCUGGCGCCUCUGCUCGUGAAGAAUCUUCAUCCUCCAAACCUGGAAAGAAAAUCCCAGCAGGAGCGGUUUCUGUAUUUUUAGGGGACACUGAUGUGUUUGGUGUCACCUCUACUGCAUCUCUCGAGGAGCCCCAGAAGAUGGAGCAGCCCAUUCCAGGGAAAAGCCCAGGCCUCCCAGCUCCUGCCGGCCUUUUUGAUGAUGACGAUGAUGACGAUGACUUUUUUGCGGCCUCGGCCUCACGCAGCAAACCUUCCAAGACAGACAAAGUCAGAUCCACUACGGACAUAUUUGACGAGGACGACGGAGAGCUGUUCAGAGAAAAAGCAGCUUUGCCGGGAGCUGCUGCGAACCAGACAGAUGAGAGGAAAGCAAGAGCAGAAGGAAAGGUUGCCCUUCCUCCUAGCAAGAAUGUCAAGCUCUUGCCAGAGACCAAGAUUCAAAAAGGUUUAUUUUCAGAUGAAGAGGACUCUGAGGAUUUGUUUUCUUCUCAAAACACGAGUAAGUUAAAAGGUGCAUCUUCGCUGCCUAGCAAGCCCCCUGUGUCGGUCUCCCUGUUCGAUGAUGAAGAUGAAGAGGAUAAUCUUUUUGGGGCUACAGCUGCUAAGAAGCAGACUGCAUCUCUGCAAACUCAGAGUCAAGAGAAAGCAAAACCCCUUGAACCAUCCAGAAAGAAAGCAUCUGCCUUAUUGUUCAGUAGUGAUGAGGAGGAUCAGUGGAAUAUUACUGAUUCACAGACAAACUCAGCUUCUGACAACAGAUCCAAGGGAGAACUUGGGGAUUCUGGGACUGUCCAGGGCCAAGAGGCCAAGGCUGUGAAAAAGACAAGUCUUUUUGAGGAGGAUGAUGAAGAUGAUUUAUUUGCUAUUGCUAAGGACAGCCAAAAGAAGACCCAGAGAGCAUCACUCCUUUUUGAAGACGACGCUGACAGUGGAAGCUCUCUGUUCGGCUCUCCUCCCGCAUCUGCUCCUCCUGCAGCAACGAAAAAAGAGACCAUCUCUGAGGUUCCACCUUUGCUGUUCAGCGAUGAAGAAGAGGAGGCACAGUUGAGAGUGGAAUCCGAGGAUAAGAAGGUUGAGAGUGUCAGAGAGUCACCGGAGCUUGGGAGAGCCCAUGAGACUGAGGAGUCAGAACAGAAAGGACUUUUGACUGUGUCUGCACAGGAAGCAGUCAAGCAUUCUGAUUUGUUUUCUUCAUCGUCUUCACUGGACAAGGGAACCAAGGGGAGAACCAAAACUGUUCUUAGCUUAUUCGAUGAGGAAGAAGACAAAACGGAAGAUCAAAACAGCACUCGGGCUCCCCAGAAAGAUACAGGAAGGGGUCCCAGUCCUGAUGCUCGCCCCAAGAGCACAGGUGUCUUCCAGGAUGAAGAGCUCCUUUUCAGCCACAAGCUUCAAAAGGACAAUGACCCAGAUGUUGACCUUUUUGCCGGUACCAAAAGAUCCAGGCUGUUAGAGCCCAGCCUUGGGAGCCUGUUUGGGGAUGACGAAGAUGAUGAUCUUUUCAGCUCUGCCAAGUCCCAGCCUUUGGUACCAGAAAAAAAGAAGGUAGUAAAAAAAGACCACUCUGUUUCUUCUAAGAACCAGAAACAUCCUGAAUCCACUCAAAGUAGCAAAGAAAAAGGCAUCUGGAAACCAGAGACACCUCAGGACUCGCCAGGUCUUGCUCCAUUUAAAACCAAAGAGCCAUCCACUCGGAUCGGGAAAAUACAAGCAAAUAUAGCAAUUAACCCAGCAGCUUUGCUGCCUGCAGCGGCUCCCCAGAUCUCUGGAGUGAAGUCCAUUUGGCCGGAGUUGGCUUUUCCUUCAUCUGAACCUGCAAGGAGCCACGGUCCAGAAAGUUCACCCUCCCUUCCUGAGAGCGGGGAGGCUGGUGUGAGUUUUGAUCAUCCAGCUCAGGUGGACACUCUGCACAGCGCAAACAAGAGCCGUGUCAAAGUGAGAGGGAAGCGCAGACCACAGACCCGUGCAGCUAGGCGGUUGGCUGCCCAGGAGUCCAGCGAGACUGAGGACAUGAGUGUGCCCAGAGGACCUGUCACAGAAUUGGCAGAUGGGGCCAUUUCACCAGAUGGUCUUCAGCCCCAGCACCGAGUAGCCAGUGGAGAAGACAGUGGGGCCCCUGCCACUCUACCUUGGGAAGGCGACCCUGUGCCUGGAGGGGACAGAAGCCCCUUUGUAAAAUCUCUGGGUCAGCCUGGAGGUGACGCUGACCUUUUUGAUUCUGGGGACAUCUUUUCCAAGGGCACUAGGUCUCAGUCUACAGAGAGGACAAAAGCCAAGGCGAAGGCCGUGGAUUCCCUGGCCCACCCAACAGGGGGCAGGAAAGGAAAGAGCCCCGGGUUUCCCGCUCUCAGUGAGGCAGGGAGUGAUGACGACCUGUUUCAGCCCGUUAAACCAAACCCUGCAAAGAAAGCAAAUCCAUUUCCUCUCCUGGAAGAUGAGGAUGAUCUCUUUAUAGAGCAGAAAGGCAAGAAGAAGGAGUCAAAACCCAGCAGUCAGCGGGAAGCCAUGUCACAAACGCAAGAUCUCUUUGAGGAUGAUAUAUUUGCAACAGAAGCAAUUAAACCCUCACUAAAAACAAGAGAGAAGGAGAGAACAUUGGAAUCAAACAUAUUUGAUGAUAACAUUGAUAUCUUUGCUGACCUAACUGUAAAACCAAAAGAAAAGCCCAAAAAGAAAGUGGGAGCUAAGUCUAUUUUCGAUGACGAUAUGGAUGAUAUCUUCUCCUCUGGUAUCCAGGCUAAGACAACCAAACCAAAAAGCCGAUCUGCACAGGCAGCAGAACCAAGAUCUGAACACAAAGUGUCCAACAUAUUUGACGAUCCCCUGAACGCCUUUGGAGGCCAGUAGAGCAUGCAGGGUACCCCAUCUCACCCUUCAGCUAUGUCCUUGAGCUAGUGAUGUUGUCUUUUAUGCUCCUCGUCCUAACUGGUUUACAAAAAGCAAAUACUGAAACAAGCUCAUCUUUUUACCCACUGUACUUAGUAUUUUCUGCACAAUCAUGCUUAAUACUGUAAAACAAAAUAAAUGUUUCACAAUGGUU